GUGCUGCACUGUUGAUUCAGAGGGAGAUUGAGCCAUACAGGUGUGGAACCAGUGGGAAACAAGAGACGCUGCUUUUCUGACGGCAUCAAUAAAACUGUCAGCAUGUUAGAUCAUGGAGGAAGUAAUUUGAUGGCAGGUCAGGUUCUGUCAGCCUCCUUCAAAUUCAGCCCCAACACUGAAGGUUGCAUGAUAUUUGACGCUAAACCACAAUCAUCCCUGCAGCAUCUGCAUAGGAAGACCACCGUAAAGGAGCUGCUAAUGAUGAGACGCCAGAAAUGGAAUUCGGAGCAGAAAUGGAACUUGGAGCCUAAAUUAAAGUCUCCCAAAUACGAACCUAUCGCCGCAGACAUGAGUCCUCAAAUGGCAACCUCUCCAACAUCUCUCCACCUGAACUCCACCGCCUACUUCAUCCCAGAUCUCCCAGAGAAUGCUGUCAUGGGGCUGCAGGAAAUGCCACAGCCUGUGCAGCUUCCCGCUCAGGAACACGAUGUCCCAGCCUCUGGAGGGAAGAUGACUCUGUUUCACUGGCAGAUACAACAAGAGGCCAAGAAGGCUGAAGGCCUGUCUCCAGAGCAGCUCUGCAUGCAGGACUCGGAUGGUGACACAUUCCUUCACAUAGCGGUGGCCCAAGGCAGGCGAGCCAUGUCUUAUGUACUCGCUGCAAAAAUGGCUAGGUAUGGCUCCCUGGAUGUGAAAGAACACAACGGGCAGACGGCUCUCCAGAUCGCAGUGGCCACCAAUCAACAUCUGAUCAUUUCUGAUCUUCUAAGUCACGGAGCACAGAUCAACAUCAGGGACCUGUGGGGGCGCUCUCCUCUGCAUGUGUGCGCAGAGAAAGGCCACUACCUCAGCCUUCAGAGCAUUUGUAAAACCCUGGCAGGGCGCGGCCCAUCAGUAGAUGUUGAAAUGUUUAACUAUGACGGUUUAACUCCACUUCACGCAGCAGUUUUGUCUCAUAACGCCGUCGUAAAGGAAGUGAGGCACCUGGAAAACCCUUGUCCAUUCAUGAUCUCAGAGCUGACGCACAGGAGGCGCAGGUAUGUGGAGUGCGUCAGGACUUUAAUGCACAUGGGCGCCUCCUACGGGACAAAAGAUCUGAAAAGUGGAAGGACUUGCCUUCAUAUGGCAGCCGAGGAGGCAAAUAUUGAGCUGCUUCACCUUUUUCUUGAACAGCCAAUGUCUCUUGCUGUUGUAAAUGUAAAGACGUUCAGCGGAAACACGGCUCUGCACAUCGUCAGCUCUCUGCAAAAUUACAGAAAUCAGGUGGAGGCCAUGAAGCUGCUGAUGAGGAAGGGCGCCGAUUCCGGAAUGAGAAAUUUCGAAAAUGAGCUACCGUGUCAGCUGGUGCCUGAAGGAUCCGUUGGUGAAAAGGUGCGACAUAUCCUGAAGGGAAAGUACAGUCAGGUUUAAGUAAAACUCCAGAACACUGUCAGUCAGACAGUCAGCUUUAUCAUAUUGGAAAUUUGCCCAGAAAAGGCAGAUGAUUGUUGUUUCAGUGAAACACUCCCAUGCGUUCGUUACUAUGUAAUGUGUAGAUUUUUUGGGGGGGUCUGUGGGUUAGCUUAAAUCUAUGGGUGUCCAACUGUUGGCUCCAUUUACAGCAGUAAACCUUCUGCUGGAAAUCUAAGCCAGGAUCCCUUUGUCAUAUUUAGCUCUUAGCUAUAGCCACACAUUUUAUUAGAUUACAUUUUUUGUUCUAGAGCCCAAACUUUAGUCUUUUAUUUUUAUUAGAGGUGCACCGAUUUCCUUAAUUUUGGGACAUCUGUGAUCGGUCGAUUUUUACAUAUGAAGCUGAUCUUAUCUACAGAUCUUAUCUAGCUUGGCAAAGGUCUAAGAAUCAACCACUGUCCUCUUUUGCUCUCCAGUGAGAAAGGUUUGACUGACAGACUGGCCCACCAAGUUAUGUCUGCAAGUUUAUAAUUAAUAGAGACCCCGCUGUUACCAACUCAACAACUUUCUUGCUAUACUGUGCAACAUUUCAGACAAAAACAAAUACUAUCAGCCAAAAGCUGAGUCAGCAGGUUAAGCUUUUUAAAAGAUCGUUAAUCGGUCAGAAAACUGCAAUUGGUGCACCCCUAAUUUUUUAUAAAUUGGCUCUUUUAGUCCGUUUUACAUGCCACUCUAAAAUCCAAUACAGGACUAACAGUGAGUGGGGAAAUUAUUGAAUGGUAUCACCUACAUGUUGCUUUUUGCCCCAACAUGCCAUUUCAUAUCUACAGCAGGUCCUGCUCCAGUUUUUUUUUAAUUAAGAUUUGUUAGAUUGUGAUCCAAUUGUUAAUCCCACUUUGUAGAACAGACUUUUUUUUUUUUUUACAUUUUGAUUGUUGGGAUUUUGCAGAGAACUAAAGCCAAGCUAAUAAGCAUUUAUAAAGUUGUAAUAAGUAGUAUAAUAGUCAAAAAUAAGGGAAUAAAGUCAUAUUAGAAGAAUUAAGCAAUUUUGAGAAUUCUUUCGUGAAAGAAGUGUUGAGCUAUUGAAGUUAUUCCUUUGAAUUGGUUUUACAAAUAAGGAACUACUUAAUCUAACACAUCAAAUGGUCAGUAGCAGGACUUUGAAUCAGUUGUUCCCAUUUCAGAGAAAGAAACUACAGACUUGCCAAGCUGAUCCAGUCAGAUCUUGAUAACUCUAAUGAAGCCUUUUUUCUUAAAGACUUUUUUCCUCACUAUAUGACUUUAUUCUCAUAAUUUAAAAUGGAAAAAUAAAUUUUAGUUUGCAUAGAAUUAGUAUGGGAUUUUGGUGGUGGGGAGUUUGUGGUUUAUUAUUUACAGGUUUGUGAUAUUGGUGGAGGUGUCAUUUUAUUAUAAGCUUAAGAAUAUUAUCUGUACUUAACAUUUGUGGGUUUUGGUCAAAUUUGAAUCAAGUCACUGGUUGUGGGAAAUAUGGUGGUUUUUAUUUUGCAGUGAAUAAGUACUGAUCUGCUAUGGCUGCAAUGUGAUGUAAAAUGCAAAUAAACCUUUUUCUCCCCGUG